AUGGCUUCUUCUUCUAAUUCUACUUUUUUCUCUUCCACUAAACGUAAAGCUAAUUAUGAUGUGUUUUUGAGCUUUAGAGGUGAAGAAACCCGUAACAGUUUCAUGAGUCAUCUCUAUGCAGCUCUUUGUCAGAAAGGAAUUUACACCUUUUUGGAUGAUGAUAAACUUGAGAGAGGCAAAUCCAUUUCUCCAGGAUUGUUUAAAGCCAUCAAAGAUUCAAGAUGUUCAAUCAUUGUUCUCUCAAGAAACUAUGCUUCUUCAUCGUGGUGUUUAGAUGAAGUUGUCAAGAUACUUCAAUGCAUGAAGGACGAUGGACAGAUUGUUCUACCAAUUUUCUAUCAUGUGGAUCCAUCUCAUGUACGGAAGCAGACUGAAAGUAUUGGGGAAGCUUUCCAAAGACAUGAACAAGUUUUUAGUGAUGACUUAAAAAAGGUGCAAAGUUGGAGGAAGGCAUUAAAAGAAGUUGCCAAUCUAGCUGGAUGGCAUGUACAUAAUAGGAAUGAAGCAGAGUUUAUACAAGACAUCAUUGUAGAGGUUUCAUCUAAACUUGACGUUACACCAUUAAACAUUUCAGUGGACCUCUUUGGAAUAGAUUCACGAUUAGAGAAACUCAAUUAUUGUGUUUGCACUUCAUCAGUGAAUGAUGUUUGCUUUAUUGGAAUUUGUGGAAUGGGUGGCAUAGGCAAGACAACUCUUGCCAAAGCAUAUUAUGAAUGGAUGUCUUCAUCUUCUCAAUUUGAAGGUAGCAGUUUCCUCACAAAUGUUAGAGAAGUUUGUGAAAAGAAGAAAAAUGGUCUUGUGUAUUCGCAAAAUUGUCUUCUUUCAGAUAUUAUAAAUGGUUUACCUAAAAAGAUAAGGGAUGUUCAUGAAGGAAUGAACAUGAUAAGUAAUAGACUACGUCAUAAAAAAGUUCUCAUUGUUCUUGAUGAUGUGGACAAAUUGGAUCAGCUUAAAGUAUUAGCAGAUGGAGACUGGUUUAGUUUUGGAAGUAGAAUAAUUGUAACAACUAGAGAUGAAAGUUUGCUUACUAGUGCAUAUAGAAAAUCUAUAAUAUAUAGAGUUGAGGGGCUAAAUAAUAAUGAAGGUCUUCAACUUUUUUCUUGGAAAGCCUUCAAAACUAUUCAUCCUUCAAAAGCUUAUGAAGAGAUGUCAAAACAAGUGAUAACCUAUGCCAGCGGUCUUCCAUUAGCUCUCGAAGUAUUAGGUUCCUUUUUAUGUGGCAAAGGUGUACAGGAGUGGAAAAGUGCUUUGGACAGACUAUAUGAGUAUCCAAACAAGGAGAUUGUUAAAGUACUUCAAACCAGUUUUGAUGGACUUGAGAAACCAGAGAAAAGUAUUUUUCUAGACAUUGCAUGCUUCUUCAAUGGGUUUGAUAAAAAUUAUAUCAUACGAAUUAUGGAUGGCUGUGGUUUCUGUCCAGAAAUCGGGAUAAGAGUUCUUAUUGAUAAAUCUCUAUUGCAUGUUUCCCAUGAUAACGACCUUUGGAUGCAUGAUCUACUGCAAGAGAUGGGCAAGGAAAUUGUUAGAGAAAAAUCCUACAAUGAACCAGGCAGACAAAGUAGGUUAUGGGAUAAUGACGAUUUAUAUCAUGUUUUAGAGAAUAACACGGCAACGGAAGAAGUCGAAGCCAUAGUAUGCCGUUUUCUUGAUAGGAAAAGAUUGAGCUGGGAAGCCUUGUCAAAUAUGAAGAAACUAAGAUUGCUCAAUAUUGAUUUUUCCCCGUACCGGACAGUUGAUGAUCACUCCCCGAAUGUUAAAUACAUUGCUAAUAAGUUACGGUUCCUUGUCUGGCAUGAAUUUGCUUCCGAAUAUUUCCCAUCGAGUUUCCAACCAUAUGAACUUGUUGAGUUGGAUUUGUUUCGCAGCAAUAUCAACGAACUUUGGAAAAACCCCAUCAAGGUACGAUUGGAUCCUCUUAUAUAG